CUGGAUGUUCAGUCUGGUGGUAAACGUUUUCGAGCUCAGUUCGGGUUCACAUUACACUGUCUCGGCUUUGACGUAAUAGGCGCAAUUCAAAUUUUUAUUGACACAAGUGCAGUUAAAAGGGAAAUUUGAAGUGACCUCAAAAAACAAGGGCUGUGGAAAAUGUCAAGCGCAAGUCUUCUUUCGCGUUCUCUGCUAACUGAAGCUCCCCGCUCCAAAAAUAAAUCGGUUUUUAUCCUAAUAAUUGGAUUGGUGGUAGGCUACUGCAUGGCUCAGUUGUUCUCAACCUUAUCGCCACAAGACAGUCUAUAUCCUUACCUCACCAGGCGUUUAAGUUUUCCCAAUAAACCACCAGGGGACCACGAGUCCUUUGCCCUCUCGGAUGGACCCGAGCAUCAUCCCUUCCAGCAUGAGCAUCCGGAUGACAACUCCACCGCUGCUGAGCAGCUGAAGAAGGAGGUGCGAAUCCUCUGCUGGGUGAUGACCAAUCCCACCAACCACAAGAAGAAGGCGCGCCACGUGAAGCGGACAUGGGGCAAGCAUUGCAACAAACUGCUCUUCAUGAGCUCCGGACACGACAAUGAGUUGCCCACUGUUCAGCUGGAUGUGGGGGAGGGACGCGAGAACCUGUGGGCCAAGGUCAAGGCCGCAUUCACGUACGUCUACCAGCACCACUACGACGAUGCUGACUGGUUCUACAAGGCGGACGACGAUACCUAUGCGGUGAUCGAGAACAUGAGGUACAUGUUGUAUCCGUACGACCCCAAGACACCCGUGCACUUUGGCUUCAAGUUCAAGCCCUUCGUGAAGCAGGGUUACAUGUCCGGCGGAGCUGGUUAUAUUCUCAGCAAGGAGGCACUCCGCCGUUUCGUGGUGGAGGGAAUUCCCAACAAGAAGUACUGCCUGCCAGGAACGGUCAUUAACGAGGAUAUCGAAAUCGGCAAGUGCAUGGCCAACUUGAACGUAACUGCUGGAGACUCCAGAGAUGAAAGAGGUCGUGGCAGGAUGUUUCCCUUCAUUCCGGAACAUCAUUUGAUUCCAGCCAAGUGGGACAAGAACUUUUGGUACUGGAACUAUCAAUACUACAAAACUGAUGAUGGCUUGGAUUGCUGCUCCGACUUGGCCAUCUCAUUCCAUUAUGUCGCUCCUAAUAUGAUGUAUGUGAUGGAUUAUCUCAUUUAUCACUUGAAGCCCUAUGGCUUGAUGAGAUCUUUGGAAGCUUUGCCUGCAAAACUCAAAGUGGGUCAGCUCCUGCCCCCGCCUGUAGAACGACCUGCUGCCAGUAAUGAGGAUUCUGUUGAUGAUUACGACAGGAUAUUCACGACAACAACAGAAAAGCCAAAGGAACCCGAUGCCAGGGAAAUGGACUCUAAGGAGCUGGAAAGUGAAGAGAGAAAAUACAAGGAAACAGAAGAAGACUCUGAUUCCAGAGGAUCUAGAUCUAGGGAAUCACGCGAAGAAACGGAAGAAACAGAUGAGAGUGUAGAUGAUAAAUCCAAAAGACAUUAA